AUGAGAGCCGUUACAAUUUCCUUGUUUGGAUUUCUUCUUGUCAUCGCAGCCACCAUUAUUAGCUUUUGUGAUAGGAAUUCCAAUGUGCUUUGCAUUAACAGUGAGAGGCAAGCUCUUUUGAAGUUCAAGCAACACCUAAUUGAUCGAUCAAACAGGCUAUCUUCUUGGGUUGAAGGUGAAGAUUGCUGUGAAUGGUUUGGUGUUUUCUGGAAUAACUUCACUGGCCAUGUCAAAGAGCUGCAUUUGGGGCUUCAUUCAAGCAGUCCUGACAUAGAACUGGAUGAUGAACGGGAUGCUUACUUUCGGUCAAAGCUAGGAGGCAAAAUAAAUCCUUCUUUGAUCGAGUUGAAACAUCUCAGUUUCCUAGACUUAAGCAACAACGACUUUGGAGGCCUGGCAAUUCCUGAAUUCAUUGGUUCGAUGAAGAGUUUGACAUAUCUUAACCUCUCUUCGGCAAAAUUCAGCAGAGCAAUUCCCCAUAAUCUUGGAAAUCUCUUAAAAUUACAUUAUCUUGAUCUUGGACACAAUUCCUUUUUUGAAGCUAAAACUCUUCAAUGGGUUUCUGGUCUUUCGUCUCUGCAGUAUCUUGAUUUGAGUGAUGCAAAUCUUACUAAAGCAACUGAUUGGCUGCAGGCAACAAACAAACUUCCUUCUUUGGUGGAGUUACACUUAUCAGAUUGCUCUUUAAAUAAUAAUGAUUCAUCUUCGAUCAGUGUUAACUACACAUCUCUUGCCGUUCUUGAUCUUUCUUCAAACAUGUUGUCUUCGAUACCUACAUGGAUAUUCAGUCUUCGUAGUCUUGUCUCCAUUGAUCUUAACUCUAAUGCAGUUGAAGGUGCGAUUCCCAAUGGUUUUCAGAACAUCUGGUUGUCUAAUUUAAACCAACUUCAAUUCCUUGGUCUUGGUGAUGUCGGCCUAAAAGGUAAUUUUUCAAGUGCUAUUGGAAACUUGAGCUCUCUUACUCAUCUUGAUGUUUCACGUAAUGGAAUUGAUCAAGAGGUAUCAGAAAUCAUAGAGAGUUUGUCUAGAUGUAGUUUGGAUCGAUUAGAGUUAUUAAAUAUUGCAUCUAACAAACUUUCUGGCCAUUUACCUGAUCAACUUGGCCAAUUUAAAAAUUUGGCAUACCUUUUCCUUUCUAGAAACUCCAUUUCUGGUCCUAUUCCAUUCUCAAUAGGGAAGUUGCCAUCAUUGAAACUUCUUGAUGUUUCAUACAAUCAAUUGAAUGCAACUCUUCCUAAAAGUUUAGGACAACUUAGGAAUUUGGAACAUUUAGACAUUAGCAAUAAUAUGUUGGAAGGAAAUCUAUCAGAAAUGCACUUUUCUAAUCUCACGAGAUUGAGAUUAUUUUGGGCAUCUAACAACAUGAUAACGUUUAAACCAAAUCCAAGUUGGAUUCCUCCUUUUCACUGUGAAAGUAUUGAAUUGCGUAACUGGCAUAUUGGUCCGCAAUUUCCUCAGUGGCUACAAUUCCAAAAGAACUUGUCUCGUUUAGAUAUCUCCCAUGCUGAAAUUUCGGGUGUCAUUCCCACUUGGUUUUGGAGCCUUUCGACUCAAUUUGAAUAUCUAAACCUUUCCCAUAACCAUCUAGUCGGGGGGAUUUCAUAUUUACCGAAGAGUAGGACAGUUGACUUGAGGUCCAACCUCCUGGGUGGUAUUGAGUCAUUAAACCUUCGUAACAAUAACCUGUUUGGAGAAGUACCAUCCAUAUUGCAGCAUUUAGCUAAUUUGCUUAUUCUUGAUCUUAGUGAAAAUCAAUUAACGGGCAGUAUUCCGGCAUGGAUUGGAGACAAGCUUUUAGGCCUUGUGGUUCUAAACCUUCGUUCAAAUAAAUUCCAAGCCUAUAUUCCUGAUCAAAUUUGUGCUCUUAAUUCUCUUCAGUUCUUGGAUCUUGGUUAUAACAACAUUUCAGGAGCUAUUCCAAAAUGUUUUAGUAACCUAAGUGCCAUGGCCACAAAACCCAUCAACGGAAUCUUGGAUCGAUUGGUCUUGGAAGUCGACCCUAGCAACUGGUUUUAUUUAGGUGCAUUAUUGGUGAUGAGAGGAAGAGAGGAUGAAUAUAGUACCACACUAGGACUUGUUACCGGCAUAGACCUUUCAGGUAACAGUCUCACAGGAGAGAUCCCCAGAGAACUUGGUAAUCUCAAGGAGCUGCGGUCGUUAUAUUUGUCAGGAAAUCUCCUAACAGGACAGAUACCAGAGAACAUUGGCAAUCUGGAGGUGUUGGAAUCUCUUGACUUGUCUAUGAACCGACUCCAUGGUGAAAUCCCUUCAAGUUUCUCCAAUUUGAAUUUUUUGAAUCACUUCAACGUGUCAUAUAACAACUUGACAGGAAAAAUCCCCUCAGGCACCCAGCUCCAAAGCUUUGACAAUUUUCUUACAUUGGCAAUCUUCUUUGCGGACCUCCAAUCACUAAAAAUUGCAGCAGCAAUAGCGAAACACCUGAAUUAG